CGCAGUUGGAGGCAAACAGGAAGUGUGUUUCACUCACUGUAUGGCCUCAGGCUGAAAAACAGUUUUGGUUACUUUUAUAGUUGUAAGCUUGAUCAAUUAACCUAGUUGCUGGGAAGGGAAACACAUCAAUUAAAUGAUAAAUGGCUCAGGGAAAGGAUCAUUCGUUCCUAAAGCUGGAUGACCUAGCUAGUCGAUUCUUCAACAAGUAUCGCAAAAGCAAUCAAGAGCUAAAAGUCCAGGAGAGUGAGGUGCCUCAUAUCUCUGAGUUCACCAUCAUUUGGGAUAAGAUGAUGAAAGAGUUCUUUGCAAAAGCAAAAGAAGAUUUUUUACAAAAGUGGGAGAGUCCACCACAGAGCACAACUGGCCUGGAUGAGUUUGACAGGCUGAAGACUCUGGGCACUGGCUCUUUCGGUAGAGUUAUGUUGGUGAAACAUAGUGGAAGAGAACAGUUCUACGCCAUGAAGAUUCUGGACAAACAGAAGGUGGUGAAGCUGAAGCAGAUAGAACACACUCUAAAUGAAAAGAGAAUACUGCAGGCGGUGUGCUUUCCUUUUCUCGUCAGACUGGAAUAUUCCUUCAAGGACAACUCAAAUCUCUAUAUGGUGAUGCAGUAUGUUCCAGGAGGAGAAAUGUUCUCGCAUCUGAGGCGCAACGGGAGGUUCAGUGAACCUCAUGCACGAUUUUAUGCAGCUCAGAUAGUACUCACUUUUGAGUACCUCCACUCACUAGACCUCAUCUACAGAGACCUGAAGCCUGAAAACCUUCUCAUUGAUCAUCGAGGGUACAUUCAGGUUACAGACUUUGGUUUUGCCAAAAGAGUAAAAGGCAGGACCUGGACAUUGUGUGGAACUCCAGAGUACCUGGCUCCAGAGAUUAUCCUUAGCAAGGGCUACAACAAAGCUGUCGACUGGUGGGCACUGGGAGUACUGAUCUAUGAGAUGGCCGCUGGGUACCCUCCAUUCUUUGCCGAUCAGCCAAUCCAGAUCUAUGAGAAGAUUGUGUCUGGCAAGGUACGAUUCCCCUCCCUCUUCGGCAACGACUUGAAAGACCUGCUUAGGAACCUGCUCCAGGUGGACCUAACAAAGCGUUAUGGCAACCUGAAGAAUGGAGUGAAUGACAUCAAGAAUCACAAGUGGUUUGCCACAACGGACUGGAUCGCUAUCUAUGAGAGGAAAGUGGAAGCUCCCUUCAUACCAAAGUGCAGAGGACCAGGAGACACAAGCAACUUUGACGAUUACGAAGAGGAGGAAAUCUGUGUGUCUGAUACAGAAAAAUGUGUUAAAGAGUUUUUUGAAUUCUAACAGGGAUGACAUUGCGUUGGUCAUUUUAUUUUGUUUUUUUAGACCAUCAAAUGUUAAAAACAAUUAAAUGCAGAAGGCUGAAUGAGUUUUUCAACUUUUCAUGAUACUCUGUGUGCAUUUGGUACUAAACCUAUUGUUUAAUUAUGCAGUUAACUCUUGCACUGCAAACAAAAAUACUAGACCAAGUUCAGUUUUUUUUUUCAAAACAUUUGUUGCUUUGUAGAAUCUUCUCCCUCUAUUUAAAAUCAACUGAAUAUUUGCAAGCCAAGCAACUGUUAGAUGCAAGUUUUACGGUGGCAUAAAGAGUGAUUGAUUGUACUUGACAAUGUUGCACAUUUUGGAGAAAAUAUUAUAUUUGUGUUGUUAGUUCUUGUCUCUGACUAUUAGUCUAAAUACCUAAGGCGGUUAGGUUUCAUGCAUGGGUUGAAUAAACUUUAUUGGCCUAGUCAUUUACAUUUAUAAACGUUGUCGUCCUUAAGAAGACCAUCAGCUAAAUGACACACGGAUAUUCAUGACUAAUGGACAUUAUCAAUCAACAUAUAUUUUUUAUAAAACACCUUUUUUUGUGACCAACAUUAUAUAUAUGUAUGUGUGGUGUAUAUAAAAAACAGUGCAAAAUCACUUUUUAAUAAAAGUUGUUUUUGGAAUUGUG